AUGGGUCUCCUUCAGCUCGUCGAAGACCGACCUACUCCCAAGAAUGUCUAUAACUGGAGAGUCUACUUUUCCGCAGCGGUGGCUGCAUCCGCUGCCAUGAUGAUCGGGUACGACUCCGCGUUCAUUGGGGGCACUCUUGCCUUGAAGUCGUUCAAAGACGAAUUCCACUUCGACGACCUCUCCACAUCGGCGGUCAACCUCCUUUCCGCCAACAUUGUUUCUUGCUAUCAAGCCGGUGCCUUUUUCGGCGCCUUUUUUGCCUAUCCUGCGGGCCAUUUCCUUGGGCGUCGAAUUGGGCUGAUCAUUUUUGCCGCUGUCUUCGUCCUCGGAGCUGGAAUGAUGCUGGGAGCUAAUGGAGCUCGUGGGUUGGGUCUUAUCUACGGCGGCCGUGUGCUAGCCGGGAUCGGAGUGGGAGGAGCAUCAAACCUCUCGCCCAUCUAUUGCUCUGAAGUCGCUCCUCCCGCCAUCCGUGGCCGGCUGGUUGGACUCUACGAGAUGUCAUGGCAGAUAGGAGGACUCGUGGGGUUCUGGAUCAACUAUGGCGUCUCCGAGACGAUGGCGCCCUCGCACGAACAAUGGAUCAUUCCGUUUGCCAUCCAGCUCAUCCCGGCUGGACUCUUGUUCGCCGGUGCGUGGGUCAUCAAAGAAUCUCCCCGAUGGCUCUUCUCCCGCGGACGUCGUGAAGAAGGGAUCAAGAACUUGUGCUGGCUGCGAAACCUUCCGGCCGAUCAUAUCUACAUGCAGGAAGAGAUCUUCCUCGUCGACAACGCCAUUGAAGUCCAACGCUCUACCGUCGGCCUUGGCUUCUGGCAACCGUUCCGAGCAGUCUUUACGGAUCGCAAGGUCACCUACCGCUUCCUCCUUGGCGGUUCCCUCUUCCUGUGGCAGAACGGCACGGGAAUCAACGCGAUUAACUACUACUCCCCCAAAGUUUUCGAGUCCAUUGGUGUUACCGGCACCAACACCUCUCUCCUGACCACCGGUAUCUUCGGAGUCAUUAAGACUGUCGUUACUUUGUUCUGGCUCUUCGUUCUCAUCGAUAAACUCGGUCGCCGCGCGCUUCUCAUGUACGGCGCGGUCGCCGGGUCUCUCUGCAUGUGGUACAUCGGCGGCUAUAUCGCCGUUGCAAAACCUGCCGACCAUCCCAGCGCGACGCUCUCAUCGGGUGGCAUCUCCGCCAUGGCCUUCUUCUAUCUAUGGACCGUCACGUACACCCCGUCGUGGAACGGGACGCCGUGGGUUUUGAACUCUGAGAUGUUCGACCAGAACGUCCGAACUCUCGCGCAAGCAUUUGCGGCGGCAAACAAUUGGUUCUGGAAUUUUAUCAUUGCUCGCUUUACCCCUCAAAUGUUCGCCUCGAUGUCCUACGGCGUGUUCAUGUUUUUUGCAUCCCUGAUGCUCUGCGCCGCGGUCUUUGUGUUUUUCCUGGUGCCUGAAACCAAGGGCAUCCCGCUCGAGGCCAUGGACCGGCUGUUCAGCCGCGAAUACCCGGCGAGACGCGCGCACAAGGCGCUGCUCCUCCAGAUUCGCGCCGAGGACCAGGACUUCCGACGGAAUGGUGUCGGUAUCGGCGGUGGGGAGAAGGAGGAUGUCGAGGAACGCGAGGUCGUGGUGGAGAAGGUGUAG